GACUGUGCCGAAAGCGACGCCAGCAACGAUUUGGAUUCUUUUCGAGGCGCAUGUUGACUCGAGGAGCGAGUUAAAAGUGGUCAAAUUCGAAGCCCAAAAUGUUGAGCUACCAACCUGAGGAGUCCCCACGAACUCCGAACCCAGCUGGUGCCAAAAGGUCCCUCUGGGAGGAGGUUUGUGCCGACUUUGAAGCAGGCCUGCCAUGUCCUCCCGGCGCCGUCGGAACCGCUUCGGAACCUUCCAAGGACAGCAGCGCAUCGCGCACGCCCGCCAAGGUGUGGACGGAGGACGAGGAGGACGAGGAGGAGGAGAACGCGCUGCUGCUGGACCUGGACCCGCUCCUGCACCACCCUGCCCACGCCGGUUUCUCCGUGUUUGGGGUCCAUCCUCCUCUAAGCCACAAAAAAGGAAGUCAGCCUCCUUUUUGUCCUGAAGCGUUUCAGCAUCCCGUCACACAGUACAUGGAGGAGAAGGUUUUCCCCGUGCUGGUGCCCGCACUUGAGGCUGUUCUGAAGGAAGUCGACAAGCAAGGCUCUUUGCAGAAGAAACUAAUAACCUUUAACCCCAUCGACUUCCUGGUGGAGUGGCUCUACAACCACAACCCCCGCAGACGAGGACAACCCCACCGACAAUUCAACAACAUCCCGUUCGUCCGAGCCUGGCUUAGCAUGCACCCGAGGCCUCCCGUGCCUCUCUUUCUGCAGCUGAGCGACGAGCAGGCGGCGUUGGUCAUCCAGGCCUUCUGGAGGGGCUACAAGGUCAGGGCACAGCCGCACGUGCAGGAACUGCGCCAGUGGCAAAAGAACCUGCGGGAAACCCGCGACAUUCCCAAGGCCGUCUCGGAAUUCUGGACCCGGAUCGAGAAGCGAGUGGGCGCAGCCGCGGCAGAGACCACCGAAAGCACGGAGUCUGAGAAUUCCGACUUGUGCGUCAACGUGCUGUCUCCCACGCCGCUGAGCACGGCUUUCCCCACCCCCGCGAUCACCCCGGACGGCGGGGAGCGGCCGAUGCCCGGCCUGCCCGGCGCGGACGGACUGAACUACGCGGCGUCCGUGUCCAGGUCCUCAGCAACACUGUCGCCAACUUAAAGGAGACUCGGGAGCCAUGUCGGAAACGUGUCAGGACCGGUGUCGCAAACGAUAUUUCAAACCCAAACUACGAGUUUUCCCCUUCAAUGUGGGCCAGACGAUCAACCAGCGCGUCUACCAAGAGAUCCUGCGGCGAAAGGUUGUGGCAGCUUCACCAUGACAAUGACCUGAGCAUCGGACAGUUCCUGGCCAAGAAGAACAUCACCGUGCUGGUUUAUGCGUCCUAAUCGAGCCGUUUAAUCGAGCCCGGACGACAUCAAGAUGCCCGUGAUGGUGAAUAAUCCUUUGGGGGAGGGCGUUAAGUCGUGGCAGAGAAGGCUAGCAAAGUGCGUUUGACUCCAGGGGGAAAACGUGCAUUUUGGAUUGGAGAUGUAUCUUUUGUGACAAUAGUCCUGGAACCUUUCUGACACACCUCGUGCAGAACUUCUCUCGUAAUGUGCUUCAAAUCAUGAGAUUGCAUUCAUAGAAUAUGAAUCCGAAUAUUUUCCACUUCAGAACUUGUUGUGCAACAAGUACUGAAACAUUGAACAGCUGGACAUUCAAAUGUUUCGAGAAUGUCAAAUUAAGUUCAACCAACAUCUUUGGCUCAUCCUGAACUUUGACCCGACAUCCCCAACUUUUUGGGAGUAGCGCAUGUUUUUCAAAUGCAAAAUGGUCGAGAUGGCAAAAAAUGGCUUCCUCGGGUGAGACGGCGGUGCGCGGCUUAAAAGGUUAGCAUCAAUGCUAACUGACAAAUUCUUUUAGCGUCGGCGGACGUCGCGCCGACCGGAGCCGUCUGUCACACGGGCCGUUAAAAACCUAGUAACCAAUCAAACGCAGCCAAGCGGGAUUUAUGCUCCGACAUGCGCGUCCAAUCGGGUUAUUGCUUCCUUUGCCUUCGUUUAUGCUAUUUUGUCAAGCGAGCAGCUUUUGUCCAUGGGGGGAAAAAAAACCAAAAAACAAGUGGAAAUCUUCCAUUGAGGCCAGGAAGCGAGAGCAGAGGAAAAGGGAGACGCCAUCGUGCAGCGCUGCACCUUCUGUCCUGUUCAUCAGGAAAUGAUCGCACUGGGGAAGCAGGUGAUAAACACAAACUGUUGUUUUUUGGGGGGUUUUUUCCCCCAAUGACAGCUCACUAUGUUUCGGGAAUUAAAAUGGAUUGCAUUCAGAUUUUGCUCCCUGUUAAGAGUCCAGAACCGGUGGAUGAAAAUACUGUGAUUUGAAAAUAACACGGGAAUAUUGAACAUUAUAUUCAAAAGUACAUUUUUUGUACAUUUUAAUGAGGCACUAAAAGCUGCAUGAAAAAAAUCUACCUUUGAAUGCACAGUAUGGAUGAACAAUUCUUGUAUAUGCACCAUGUUAAAAUGUUUGCGCGUUAACAAUUGACUAAAGGAAAAUGGUUUUAAAAUGGUAACCUCAGAAAAUUAUUGUAGUAUGUUCAUAUAAAUAACCACAUAAAUAUAAUGAGAAAUAUCAGAAAAGUACCAAAUUAUUUGUGCUUUUUUUCCUAUUUUCUCUUAUUUUUACUUAGAUUUUGUUUAAAAUGAUUCUAUUGUUAAUAAUAUUACACAGCAUGUGUGCCGGUCCCAGUAAAUGUAGUUUAGAUCAUCAGCUUUUUUUUCUUUUCUUUUAAGUGUAUAAACCUUUUACGCACCUACCAACGCACUUGCUUACUUUUGACUUAUUUUGACUUAACUCUCUUUUUCUUGAAUUUUUGAAAAAUCAUACUUCUGCACCAGUAUGUACGACAUUUUACAAUACAUUUUCCUUUCAUUAUAUUUAAUUAGAACAAUUUCAUGACAUUUAUUGGCAUAU